GUUUUUCUGGGUCGUAUCCAGGGAGUAGUUUAUACAUUCUUUUUUGCCAUUUUCGUGGCAUUUUAUGGUUGUCACUCUCCCAGGGCAUAAAGAUAGGCAAAUAUGUGGCCGGAGUGGUGCUUCUGCUAGACUUAGAAGAUGAGUGGUCGCCCACCAGCAGUGGUAUGCUACAUAUGUGGUAGAGAGUUUGGCACCAGGUCCAUUUCAAUACAUGAGCCUCAGUGCUUGAAAAAAUGGAACUUGGAAAACCAGCAACUCCCCAAACAUCAAAGGCGUCCACCACCCCAGAAACCACAAGUACUGCCUGCCAUUGGACAUGGCAACAAGGGUUAUGAUCUCGACAGAUUUAAUGAGCAAGCAUACCAGAGUGCUCAGAAUAAUUUAGCAGAGUGUGAAAACUGUGGUCGCACUUUUCUUCCUGACAGGUUACCAGUUCACCAGAGGAGCUGCAGGCCAGGAAAUUCUCAAAAACCUCGCUCCACUCUCCCGUCACACAGCAGGUCACAGACCUGGCCUGAAGAUACUGGUCAGCCUCGGCCCAUGUCUGGGGGACAUUUGGGUCUGAGUCCACGUCCACCACAGAAACCUACAGGGUCUGGCAUGCAGGGUUCUUCUAGUGUGCAACGUCCACGGACAUCCACCUUAAAAAAUCCUAAAAUCUUAAAAGGCAAUAGUUUUGGUGAAGAAACUGCAUCAUCCCCAAGUUCUACUGGAACACCCCCUGGCAUGAAUAAAUUUUCCCACACUUCUGGUGGUGGAAAAAGACUCACAAUGAAUAAUGGAACACAACAAACUAGAAGAGACAACCAACCAAAGUCAGCAGGUGUUCCCAGAGAUGGUGGCACUGACCCCUCUACAGGACCACAUAGAGGUGGGCCUAGGACUUUAGUGUGUUAUAUCUGUGGCAGAGAGUUUGGCUCGAAGUCCUUAAGCAUUCAUGAGCCACAGUGUUUAGAGAAGUGGAAGGCAGAAAAUGAUAAGUUACCAAGAGAACUACGCAGACCUUUGCCGCAAAAACCUGGUACCUCAGGUAAUAUGAAUGAGCAAAAUGAGGCAGCAAGGCAGAAUGCACAGAGUAAUUUAGCUGAAUGUCCCAAUUGUGGCCGUACAUUUCAACCUGACAGAUUAUUGAUUCAUCAGAGAUCAUGUAAACCCAAGACCAACACUGCAGCCACAGGCACAGGGCAAAAUAAAAACUCUGUCAGAGCAAACCGUAAUUUAGCUCCCAUGAAUGGGUUAGACAGAGGUGCUACUUUUACAGCAGAGCCAUCUAGUGGAGGUGGUGGGCCGAGUACAGUAACCAAUGGCCAUAGAGAUAAUUCACCAUCAAGAGCUCCUAAAACUUUGAUCUGCUAUGUCUGUGGUAGGGAGUUUGGGAGUAAGUCUCUGCCUAUUCAUGAGCCACAGUGUCUGGAAAAAUGGAAGAGGGAAAAUGCUAAACUACCUAACAACCAAAAGAAACAAUUACCCCAGAAACCACAAGCAGGGAGUGCAGGGGCAACAAGGGAAGAGAUGAAUGAUGCAGCAUACAAAAGUGCCCAAUCCAAUUUGGUCCCCUGUGAAAACUGUGGCCGUACAUUUCAGCCAGAUAGGCUCCCCGUGCAUCAAAGAGCAUGUCGACCUAAAACUGGGACAAGAACACCUGUGCACAUGAAGACUGCGAAACUGGGACCAGUGACAUCUAGAGGCAGUACACAAAAUUCAGAGAGACCAAAAUCAAAACCCCCUGCAAUGCGCCGGCCACCCACUGUGAUCUGCUACAUUUGUGGACGUGAAUAUGGCAGCAAAUCUAUCUCUAUCCACGAACCUCAGUGCCUCCAGAAAUGGCAUAUGGAGAACAACCAACUCCCUAAGCAUCUGCGUAGGCCUGUGCCGAAGAAACCUGAAGUCCGCCCAGUCACAGGUAAAGGAACAUAUGACAUCGACGCAAUGAAUGAAGCAGCAUGGGAGAGUGCACAAGCUAACCUGGUGCCCUGUGAUAUCUGUGGACGCACCUUUCUGCCAGACAGGCUGCUGGUUCACAAGAGAAGCUGCAAACCAAAGACUCCCAAAGCACCAAGAAACUAAAACUGCAUUUCCAAGUAAACUGGUAUUACUCUGGCAUAUUAACAACAGAAAUAUUAUUUGCCAAUUUAUCACCUUUUUCAGAUUUUUAAUGACUUAACAUUUAAGCUCAUUUGCUUAAACAAAUGUUACAGGAGAACAAGCACGGAUCAAAAAUUUCCAUAGCAUGAAAAAAUGUUUAAAAUGUUGUUGAGAAAGUGAACAUGUAAGGGACUGCGUAUUAGAGAUGCUGUGCAAGCUGAAUUUUGUAUCAUUUUAACUCCGACGCUUAUUACUGAGGUAUGGCAUAGAGAAUACUGCUCAGGAAUUCUGACCCUGAAAGUCAUGUUAAGAAAUGGUGCAAUGAUACUGGGCAGCAGUCAAAAUUUUGUGUUUGCAAUCUGUCCAUAAAAGGAUGAAGUUAUGGCUAUAUUUAAUAACUGUGUUAAGUAUAUUACCAUGCUCAGAUUAUUAAUGUGAUAUAUAUAGAAAGCUUUUGAGAAAUAACUAUUUUAUUGUUAUUUUAAACCCAGUUUUGCAGAAAAAAUUCUUACUGGUAGUCAUAGAUUACUGUAAUCCCACUCACUGUAUCAAACUUACAUUUAAAGAAUAAUUAGACAGGGUGUUGAUACAGCUUUGUGUUACACGAGGUUAAAGGUGUUUUCACAUCGAGUGUAAUAUCUUAACAGUAGGGCUGUGUCGGUGUGUUUUGAGACGAGCCCGUCUAUUGGAUAAGAGAGUCCCCUAAAUGGAGCCCACAUGUACUGUAGAUACAAGGCAGGUGGCAGGACCUAGCAGAGCAUAAUAGUACAGCUGAACUGCUAAGAUAUAAGGCUCAAUGUGAAAAUGCUCGAUCUUUUCCCACUAGUCAUUCAAUACAGUGUAUAUGUAUCUCUGAGAUUCACCUUUUAGUUUGUACUGUUAACUUUGUAAUGUUUUUGCUAUUGCUGUCAACUAUAUUUUAAGCUUUAAAAUACAUUCCAUUUCAUGCGAAAUCUUGUUCAAGAUUUUAAUAGUCAGAAGUUAAUCUUUUGUUAUAUUUUAGUGGUAUUGCUAAAUGUAGCAUAUAUCAAGCUAUGUUUUUGUAUUGUGAUAUUUACUUGUUACAAAAUUGUAUUAUUUUUUAAGCCUCAACAUUUGCAUUUAAAACAUACACAUUAAUUUUUUUCUGAAAUCUGCAACAAAAAAAAUGCUUAAAUAGGCAAUAAGAA